AUGGCACCUUGCCUACCUGAGGUUGUUUCCUUCCACCUGCAGUCCUUCACACUGCGAUUUUUUCGACUUUUCCUCCCACGCGGCCCUCCAGGCUCCACCACGUCGUUCGUACCUGAGCUUUUUAACCUUUUUUCCCUUUCCACCGCACAUACUUUCACGCGACACCGCCGCAGCAGCCACCAACCACAUCUCGGUGCUCAUGGCCUCAAGGUUCAACGUUCCUCCUGCAUCCUCUCUCACCUCGCCUUUCUCCUACUGCUGAAUCGACACCCUUCCGACCUCUCCAGCCCAGCACCAGAGGAAAAUAAACUCCCGUCUCAGAGAUUUCUGACUCCUCCGAGUUGCCUCUUCCAUCUGCUGUCACAACGCACUCACUCACCCAUUCAUACCUUACUCGGUACUCAUUCCGCCGCCCAACCCCAUCGGAGAUUCCCCCGUGCCUGCAGCCUCUUUGCUUUUGCGCCUGCUUCCUUCCUUCCAUUCCCACCCCGCCUUCCUGCCACUCUGGGUAUCUGCUCUUACCCUCUCAUUUGGACCCCCAAACCAACCAACCAACCCAGCCGUGCUUGCCUUGCCUCGCGCUUGCCUUGGCCCCUAAGUACAUGA